UUUAUAUUUUAAUUCAAAUUAUUAAAAAAAAAAAAUUAUGUAUUGCUUAAAUCGGAGUAUUAGUUCACAAGUGUUUCAACAAUAUGAGGAACAUUGUUUAAAGAAAUCAUGCAGUUCAAAUAAUGUUGAAGUGUUGACUAAACGAGGAUUUAAACCUUCGGAUCGUAGAGACCCACAUAAACGUCAAUUUUUAACGAAUUUGUCAAAGCAAAUAUUUCAUUAUAAUGUGGAUGAAAAAGGACAAGCCAUCCCAGAACAUAAACCGAUCGACCUGAAGAAAUUAUUUACACCUGCUUCAGAUGCGGUUGAAAUUGAACCACAAAAAAAUCGUAUAAUGUACUCUUCGUCAUCAUUUUAUUCACCAAAUUUACAUCCAACAGUGGAAGAUCAAGUAAAAUUAGCUAGAAGUAUUUCAAAAUCUUUGAGUGACAUCAGUAAUCAACAAAGUAAAGGCCAGUCAAUGUAUGUAAAUAGAAAAAAAAGAUCUGUCAAAUGGGUACACGCUGGAGAAGAUCAAUUAAAUGGAUCUAUCCCUCAAACACCUGAUAUUAACAACCAAAAUAAUUUCCAAGAUGAGAAUAAACCUGUAUUAAAAUUAAUAAUGGAUCCACGAGGACAUGUACAAGAUUUAACAUCAUUGAAAAAUCAAGGAUAUGUUAUUGAACCAGCAGCUUUAAGUCCGGAUAUUUGCAAAGAUAUUGUACGCGGUUUAAAUGCACCAAAAGGAAAAGGUGCUGAAUUAUUUGCAAAAAGACGAAAGAAGUCAGAAAAGUGGGUAGUUGGAGAAAACAGUAGUUCUACUACAACGACAACGGAAUCAUAUUCCUCAACAACAAUUAAUCAGAAUUUGUCUCCAAUUCCACCAUCUGGAACACCAAAAUUAAACAGUAUGCCUCCAACAAGCUACUUGCAAGGAUCAACAGAGCGUGUACAACACUCGCAAAAAUUGGACGAAAUUCAGGAAAGAUUUAAUCAGCCUCGAGUAAAAUUAAUAAAAUCGCCAUGGGAAGCUGCAUUGGAAACAGGAUCUGUUGACGCAGCUUUCCAAGAAGUUGUACCUCCAGCAAAAAGUUUUGUACCAUCGGCUGUAAAUUCAUAUGAAUCAUCUCUUCAAAAUAACAACAAUAACUUACCACCGAUAUGGUCAUCAACGCCCACAAACAAUGGUCACAAUAUUUCUUAUGAUCCAACUUUACCAAAACCAUAUUCACAUAAUCCAGUGUAUAAUAGUAACAGUGUAAAUAAAAUUGUUGAAAAUUUACAUAAGGGACCAACACCGACAAAGGAUGUAUACAAGCCCAAAGUACCGACUGGCUGGAGUGCAAAUGUUUCAAGUCAAAAGUCGGAAAGCUACGGUAGUGUUAGCAGUUUUACUAAAUCACUUCAAGCUUCUGCUUCUUCUCAUGCUUCUGCUUUCACACCUAUACAGCCACCAACUUUUGAACAUCAACCUAGGGAAUCGUCUCCUUUCCCAUCCAUUCCUGAUAUAAUAUUGCAACCAGAAUUGAUUGAACAAUCUGCAAAAUCACCUGCUAUGCGCUCAGUUACUCCAAUACGCCCUAAAUCUCCAUAUCCUAAUAUACCAGAUAUUUUAUCGAAUCCAGAAAUUGUAGAUAAUUCAAUUAAAAUAGAAAAACAAAUUCAAGAACAUCUAGAAGAAUUACAUCAACAACAACAAACUUUUGCUUGUACUAAAACAACAUUAGUUGACAAACUUCAACAGAAUAUUCAAUCUUGGGAGACAAAGCAAAUUGAACAAGAAAAAAUGUUAUUUAACAACGUAAAAAACAUUAAUCAACCACAAUUGUCAACCCCCUUUCAAUCCAUGAAUAUUUAUAGACAAACAACAGACUUUGAAACCAGUAAUGAAGAAAUAAAUAAAACUGAAAUACAAUCAAAAGUUAUUGAACAAGGAAUGCGAAAAUCAGACAUGCAAUUUAAGACAAUUGAUCAGGAGAAGGCCAAUUCAGAUAUUCAUGUACAAGGACUAUCAACUACAAAUGUAACACAAAAGCAAAUGGAAACAUCUAAUUAUAAAAGCAAUCCCAAUUCUAAUCCUAAACAAGAACAAAUACAAAAUUAUAAUCCUUCUCCAAAACAAGAAGCAACAAACCCUAAAAACAAUCCAAAUCCUAACCCGAGACAAGAACAAAAACAAAAUAAUCCUAACCCUACUCCCAAGCAACAAGAAACAUCAAAUCCUAAAAGCAAUCCCAAUCCCAAUCCUAAACAAGAAGAAAUACAAAAUUCCAUAAAUAAAGCUAAUCCAGGUCCCCAGCAAGAAACACCUAAUCCUAAAAAUAAUCCAAAUCACAAUCCUAAACAAGAACAAAACCAAAAUUCCCAAAGUAAUACUAAUAGAAAUGUCAAUCAACAGCAAAUAUCAAACCCAAAAGGUAAUCCGGGCUCAAAUCCUAAUCCCAAGCAACAAGAUACACAAAGUUCUGCAAGCAAUCCGAGUUCAAAUCCUAACCCGAAACAACAAGAAGUAUCGAAUGUUAAAAGUAAUCCAAUUCCUAAAAUAGAGAUUGACUCAACAUCUACAAAACUAUCAACUGACAAGACAAGUAAAAUUUCCGCCGCACAAAAAACACAAAUCCAGGAAACAAUCAAAAUGAGGAAUAGUCCAGUAAAUCGAUCUAAAACAUCUACUCCAAACGUUAUCAAACAAGAAAUGAAAGGAUCUCUGAAUGUAGUAAUAGAUGGCAAAAAAACUACAGUUUGUACACCAAUUGACAAAUAUGCCCAAAUUUGCAACAUGUUCAAACCAGAAGCGGAAAGAAAUUGUCCUAGUCCAUGGAAGGAUGUCUAUGAACGAUAUGAAGAAAAGAAAAAAGUGACAGAGUAUAAACGAAAGUCUCCGGUGGACAGCGAUAGUGAACAACUUAUAAUAACAUCCAUAAAAUGUGUAGAUGAUGAUGAAACAACAGAUUUUGUUGCGGACGAAUUAUUGGGACAACAGAAAAUAACCUACAAAAAACAAGAUUAUGCUAUAGUCAAUGAGGACGAAGAACGUGUUCAAAUUCGAUGCAUUAAGCGUCUAGAUAGUAAUGAUCCAACAAUUGAUAUUGUACACUCAAAUAGAAAUGUUGCGAAAAAAGUAACUCCAGUUGACAAUACAACCAUGCAAACUGAAACAACGUCGUUUGAAUCUUCAGAAAGUGAAAAAAGUACCAUAACAAGUCAAAUUUCACAAGAAAUGUCUUUGCAAAAUGCUCAAAUCUCAAAAACUUCGGAGCCAGUAACCUCUACAAAAAUUGAAACUUCAUCAUCGACAGAUAAUAAAAGCGAACAAAAUGCCUCGGAAUUAUCUUCUGUUUCUCAACAAGCAUCUUCAGGAAUUUUAUCUUCCUCAAACUCUCAGGGUGAAAGUAAAACUACUUCUGUACUAUCUACAGAAAAUAAAAUUCAAGAAUCAGUUUUGGCUUCUUUGACAUCCCAACAAGCAUCCUCAAAAACUGAAUCAAUUAAUGUUAUGAAAACAUCGGAGACAAAAAGUAUUGAUUCGCAAUCAUCCAUAGAAACUCUUAAACAGACAAAUUUAUAUUCAGAAGUCAGUACCCCAGUACCAUCGUACAUACCAUCUGUAAUUAAAAAAACAGAAACAACUAUUGAAGAACAAACAAUUAUUGGCGGUAGCAAUUUAGAAGACUCCUCCAAAAAAAUAACAUUAGAAUCAUUUCCUUUGUACGUACCAAAAGUAGAAAAUUCAGCAGCUAGUACACUUGAAGAACAGUUAAAACAAAAAAGAAUUGAAGAAACGCAAUUAAAUGAAACAAAAAUAAAAGAACAAAUUGAAAAUCAAUCAAAGUUUGCUGCCAAAGAUGAUGCCGAAAUGAUGAUUAUCAUGAAAACUGAAGAUAAUAGUUCGGCUACUAAGCAAAGUGUGAGUAACGAAACAUUAAAAUCAAAAAAAUCAGUAACUUUUACAAAACCUCCAGAAGCAGUUAUUGGUGCACGCCCCUUAUUUGGAACAGCUGACGUAAAUUUAGAAUUAAAAAAGGCUUUAGGUAUCAAACAAAAAUUAGAGUCAUCUUUUAUUAGUAGCAGUGAACAUACAAAGGAAUACAUUACGGAAAAAAUUGAAGAAGAAAGUCAAUUUAAACCAAUCGUACAACCCCAAAUUCAGAAGGUAACAACAACAACUAUGUCAAAAUCGGAUAUUGAUGAAUUGCAACGAUUACAACAAACUUCCACUCGAAAAACAGAAUCUCUUGUUUCUCAACAAGUACUUCAAACUCAAAUUCCACAACUUCCGAUUGUAUCGGAACCACCACCUAGACCUGUAUCGCCAUAUGCACUAGUUAGACCUUCAACUCCUUUGCCUCAUUAUAUUCCAGCUGUCAUUAAAGCACCAAGUCCCAAUGUGGAGGCACAAACAAGAGUUGCAACUAACAGCGAACAAUGUGAUAAAAUAUCAGUGGACUCAUAUCCAUUCUACACACCAAAAAUUCAGCAAUCCACAAAUCAAGAAGUACAACAAUUUAGUUUAAACCAACAACAAAACAUAGAACAAAAUUUAUUUCAGCAAUCAAAUUAUUUAACAACUCAAAAUCAAUCCAUUCAAAGAACAUCACCAGUUCCACCCAAUCUUAUUCGUGUAGAGCCAUUAAAAUCAGGUUUACCUGAAAAUAUUCUAUAUCAUAAUAAAAAAAUCGAGAAUGAAGAACUUUCAAGAGGCUAUUCCAGUGAAACUUACACUAGACAUGAAAGUGAAUCUGCUUUUAUUGCAACUGAAAUAACACAAAAAAUGCAAUCUGAAUCUUUUGCACAAAUGCAACAAAAUCAACGCACAAAAUUAUUGACUAAAAAUUACAAUGUACCCCCACCUGAACCGGUUUAUAUAGCUCCUACAAUAGUAUUUGAAGAAACAAAACAAAAUAUUGAAUCCGCAAAUACUGUUCAAAAUUUCGAAACGAAUAUAAUAGAAAAUCAAGACUUUAAAAUGCAAACAGAAAUAUUACAACAAAACAAAGAGAUUGUUACUGCUGAUAGUGUGCAAGAACGAGGCACUGAAGAAGAAGAGGAAUAUAAAACAGUACCUGUGAAAUCUUUAAUAAAAGUAUUUGAGGAGAGUUCCCGUCCAGUAAUGCGCUAUAAACAAGUUCGUGAACCUAUGGCAGAAAUAGUAAAUUCAAAUAAAAUUAAUAACAACAUUAACAAGAAUGUUAAUCAAAAUAAUAUUUCAAAAACAACAUUAUCGAAUGCGGAAAAAAAUAAAAUAACACAAAAUAAAAAAGUUGUUACCUUUGAUGAUGAUUUAAAAGAAAAUGAAGAACAUUAUGAUCAAAUAAUUAAUGAGUCAUUAAGUAAUGCUGAUAAUAAGUAUUAUGUCGCUAAUGCAUCAGUUGAAUCACGUAACUUUUACCCAGGAUCAAUGCAAAAAGAACAACAACAGCUCGUGAGUCAACAACUCAAUCAACAACAGUCCUUACUUAUUCAAUCAUCGCAAAAAGUGAUGUCCCACAGUUCUUCACAAGUGACAUCACAAACAUCAUCUGCUGCUACCGUAACUGAGCAGCAAACAUUAUUACAAACCCAGCAACAAGAAAAUUUAUCCAAAUUAACUGAGCAAUUAAAUAUUAUUACAGAGGAAAAUGAAGAAAAACCAUUUUCAAUGUUAAAAAUUCAAGAAAAACUAGCGAAAUUUUCAGAAAUUUCACCUCAUUUUAAAAAUGAUGCAACGUGGAAACCACCUAGCGUAACUUCGACAGAAAUCGGUCCGAAGAAUAAUAAUUAUAGUACUCCGUUAACAUUAGCACCACCCUCAUCAUCCAGUAUGGUUUCAUCAACAGGAUCAUUAACACCACAAAUGAGUCCUAGAAUAGAUUAUACAUCGUUAAAUAAUUAUAAUACAGCACCGCGUGGUUGGAGCGGAAAUACAAAACAAUAUUAUAGACCAGUCACAUUUGAUACAGUCAAACCUAUUUCGAAAAAUGUUAUGUUUACAGAUUUUUAAAAAAUUAUUUAUUUAUUUGUGUUUUUCUCAAAUGUUUAUUAAUUUAUUUAUUAUUUUGCAUUAAUUUUUAAAGAAAAAAAAUUUUCAAUUUAUAUGGAAUGUACGUUAUAAAUAGCAUCAACAAAUUGAGAUUUUGAAUUAAAUUUUUUUUCACAAAAAUGGAAAGAUAUAUUUUUUG